AUGGACCUACAGCAACUACGUUUGGAAUUGCGCUUCCCAAAUGGCUCGUUUCGAAGGAAUAUGGACGGCGACGAGAAUGAAAAGUCUGAUGAUGAGGACGAGGAGAAGAAGAAAGAAGAAGAGGAAAAGAAACCGAAGCGAAAGGUCUGGGAGAAGCAGCCGAAGAAAGGAAAGGGCAAACCGAAGCAGAAGCCGAAGCCGAAGCCAAAGGCCCCGGCGGCUGCUCCUGUAGAGGCUUCGCCCGAACCAUCCCAGCCGACCACUUCUGUCGGAAACACACCGUCCGAGGCUUCGCCGAAGAAGAAACCAAAGAAGCCCGCCAACGGUGACUCAGAAUCUGACGAGGAAUCUCAGUCUUCGGGAUCCGAGGAACCGGCCCAGUCUGGUGGGGACCAAGACGACAGCGACGUCGACGAAGAUUGGGCAAAGCCGCCGAAGAAUAUCUUUGAAUCAAAAUCAAAAGAAACACAUCCGGUUCACGCGCCAUUCUACCCAGGAGAGAAAUUUGAGUGGUGGUGGUUGUCAUUGACACUCAAGGACCACAAGCAGCACCGGCGGUUAGUCGCACCGGUGACGCCGUGCAAGACGUUGGUGGACAGCCAGACGAUCGAGAUGAGGUUUAACGCCCCUGAUGAAAAGGGAAUAUACACGUUCACUCUUGGCGUGCAUUCUGAUUCGUACAUGGAUGCAGACUACAGUCGUGACUUGAAAUUGGAUGUCAAGGAAACCAAGAUAGUCGCCGCGCCCAAAUACGAAUCUACCGACGAUGAAGAGGAGGAGAAGGCCGACGCUUCAUCCGAGGAAGAAUAUACCGAAGAAAGCGAUGAUGAG